AUGGACUCGACGAGCAUUAUUCUCCGUACCGCAGAAGGCGAUUUCUGUCCUCCCAAAAUAGAUUACGGGGAGAUAAGCGAAGCCCAGCUGGAGGCGCUUGUUCAAAAAACCCGCGAUGCAACGCUAGAGCUCGAAGCAGAGCUCGAGAAGCGUCACAACGCGACAUCUGCUGCUCCGUCAAACCUGAUCAAAGAAUGCGAGAACAAGCUUCAUAAUUGCCUUCAGUAUCUCAAAAUUCACGGCCGUCUCGAUGCGAGAUCUGCCAAGUCAGUCGAACUGGCCGUCAGCCUUCUUCCGACUAAGCAGACAGUUCGUGGCGCUAGAGUCUACCGGGAUUUCUUGAACGACGUAAUACGCCACUGUGGUCAUGGACUUGCUUUACUGUGUGCUGCCAGCCUUGGUAAGCAGAACAUUGUGGCUAUGAACGCGCAGGCUAGAACCAGCCUCAUUUCCCAUAUCAGAAGCAAGAAGGUGUCUCUUUAUUCUCCGGACCUGGAAACCCUCGCCAAACAACAUAAUCUGCCAAUUGGAACCGGUACUGAGCUUGGCAGUCUGGCAGAACGGCCAACAAAACGGGUGCGCGAAGAUCAGCCCACAGCAGCUGCAGGUCAUGUUCAGACAGAAAAGACAAACGAACAAGCACAUGCCAGGACAGAAAGAGAACGUGAUGAUACAUCUGUACCGGCUGACUCUAAUCGAGUUGGUGAACAGCCGUCAGUGGAAAAAGGAAAGGCAGCUAGGAGAAUCGACGACAGACUGUCUGAUGACAAUGGUCCCCACAGACCCAGAGCAGGAUAUCUCUAUCUCUUUGUGGGUUAG